ACGUGACAAGUCUGUGUUUCAACAACUCUCUACCAGAUCCUACUAGUAUUGAAGAAUUCACUCAAUUUAUGGAUAUGGCCAAUCUCUCACCUAUCAACCCUGAAAACAACUUCCUCACAUGGACUGGUAAAAGAGGAAGAGGUUAUGGGGCUACCUGGCUGUCCCUAAUCCCCAAAAAAGUAGAUACAGCUUCAUUUGAAGUCUACAGGCCAAUCUCUCUGUCUACUUUUGUUAGUAAAAUUAAUACUAAGAUCCUAGCUUCAAGACUACUCAAGGUCCUGCCUAAGAUUAUCUCUAGCCAACAAAUUGCCUUCCAAAAGGGUAAAGACAUUGCUGAUCAUAUUCUCUUGGUGGAGGAAGUGUACCAUGAGAUCAACAGAAAAGUGGAAGAAGGUUGCCCCUCCACGGUCUGCUUCGCGACCUCUGCCUCCAUUUCGGAUUCGCUCCAGCAUGAAAAAUGGUCACUGAGAUACUUCGUUAUCGAGUUCCCGGCUCACAGCCCCCUUGAUCUACCGGGUGUUGUCCUCCACCGUUCCAUUUCCCGGACGAAAUUUGCUGCAGCAGAAUUAGCGGAGGGAGUGUACAACGCUUUGAGAGAAAAAGAAGGUUUAAUUUCACACUACUCCCUUCAAGACGCCCAACUGUACAAGAAGGCGGGUUUUUACUACCCCCUGGGUCCUGACCCGUUUCCAUUCGAAGGCGCGCCUUCUCCUGAGAAAUCGAAGGCUCCUUCUGCUGCAGAGUCCAACCCGGCCAUGAGCUCUCCCGGGAAUCAAUCCCAAGGCAACUCCACUGCCUUGGCUAUCCGCAAGCCGACUGCCGCCUUGGAGGCCAUUCCCAUCUCAGCCAUUCCUGGGCUUAGGAGGCCAAUUCCGUCCCAGAAGCGGCCACGGGAGGGAGUCACCGAUGAUGAUUUCCUUCCCAAGAAAAACAAGGGUGAUGAUAUUUAUGUUUCACCCAGCCCCCUGUCUGCUUCCUCUGAUACCCAGCACACCAUCCCUGCUGCCACAUCCGGGGGUUUGGAGCUACCCCACCCGGAUAUCUUUGAUUGCGAGGGAGAAGAGCUCCGAGACCAGUCUGCGCUCAAAAGGCCCGUAACGCAGCCUCAGCCUGAGGCGUCCGGUUUCUCCCCACAUACCACAACUAUCCCCCAAGUGAUGGAGGAGGAAGGGGUGAGGCGGCAAGAACCAGAGUCUUCCCCCACAGCAGAGAAGGAGGUCGAAGUGCAGACAGAAACGGAAAUCCCCUCCUCGAAGAAGAAUGAGGUUGGAGAGCAGAGGGAUACUAAAGCUCUUCUAGAAAUGGAGAGAGAGAUUGAGAAGCAACCGGAGCCGGAGGGACAGUGUUCUACGGCCACACUCCCUGCCCCCAAUAUCCCCAUCCAGCGUAAGUUCACAUCGCAAACUUACCCCGCUUUUACAGAGGGUUGGGCAGGCUUUUCCCGCGGUUUGAGAUCCUUACAGGCUUCCCAUUGGACUAUCCAGGGGAAUCUAGAGAAGAUGAGGGAAUCAGUGCAGGAGCCUGCGAUUCCCCAGGCUCGCCCCGGCUUGCUUGCCCUCAAUGCUCUGCACUUCAUGGAACAGCAAUCACUCCUCACCUUGACUGAGGAGUACCUGGGUGGAGCAUCAGGGAACUAUCGGGCUGUAGUGCUCCUGAAGGAGAAGGCAUUGGCUGCCAAAGCUUUACAACAGAAGGUUGACUCCCUGGAACAACAGGUCCGGGUCCUUCAGGAAGAAAAUGCCCGGCUCAAGGCAGAUGGCUCAAUGGAGCUAACAGCUGAGAGGUCCAAGGUCAAGUCCCUGCAGGAGCAGAUCGCUGCUUACCAAAGGGAGACUCAGGAUCUUGAAGCGCAAUUUGACAGACUCCGGGCACAAAUCUCCAUCCUGGAAUCAAGGGCCUCACCUUCAGAAUACAAAGUGGGAAAUCUAGAAGCUGGAUUGGUUGAAAAGGAAUCCCGGAUCUCUGAGCGGGAGAAUUCCCUCCAGGAGGCCAAGCACGAGGGUUCCCGCUCUAACGAAUUCGCCCUCUUCCUCUUUCUCCCCCGGAUUCUCGGAGGAGAAUCACCCUCAUCUCCCCCCACAGGUGUCAGGGGUGCUCCUCCGAGUCCCGACGUGCUUCUUAACGGUACCAGGACGGAAGCCUCUUCUGGCCGUCCUGGCACGUCUCGUCCGCAGAAGAGAUGCAAUCCCCACUCAGGAGCUUCCCGGUUGGUCUCUGGUGCGAGGCCUUCCUCCCAGGGUUCCCCUUCCCCUCAGCAGACAUAUGGACAGCCACCUGAGGAGUGGGGGGACUAUGACAUGGGGGGAAAUAGGCUUCCAUUUAUACGCAGGGAAAAGGCAGGGAAGCAAGGGUCAGCGAAUACACUCCUUCAAAUUCCAGAAGUGUUGAUCCGCCUUGCCUUCAGCUUUUUCCAGUGGUAGAAUAGAAGUAGAUCAGGGACAAAGUUCAUUUCUGUAACCCAAAAGAAUGUAACCUUCCAUUUGAGUUAUUUAAUGAAAGUCUUUAUCUCCC